CAUUGCUUAAGCUUUACGAAUAAAAAUGCAGGCAGUAAACAUAAACCGCAACCUGCAAAUUAUAUCUGCAUUAGUGACAUUGCAUAAGUGCAUUGCGUUAGAUCCAUGUGAUUGAGUUUAUUAUUUAUUUAUAACUGCUUUUAUAAAAGCCCCAGCCGAUGUAUCUACCUCUUUAUAAUGCGUCCGAAAGAAAGUAUUUUAUUAGGAUUCCAAUUACAAAGUUGGGAUUGUGUACAGUGUCUUUGCCUUUAUUUGCGUUUAUAGUUUGUGUCAUUAUCACUAUAAUUAAAGACUUCGAUAAAGCUAAUAAUACGCAUUGUAAAGUACCAAAUGUCUUCCCGUCAAUAUCAGCUUCCAUUGGAAAUUAUGAACCCCAAAGAACAAUAUGGAAAACUGCCAUAUAUAUCCACGCACCGCUGAGGUUCUUCAUUAUUUAUUUACGUUGGGAAUAUUAUAGAAGUAUUAUUAGUAAAUUUUGUAUUACAGUAGUCAAAUUAUCAGUUGCUUUAAAUCUAAUGGAAAAUUUGUCAUUAUUAGGGUUAACAUAUUGGACUUCAUCACUUAAUUAUCCAUAUCAUGAAGCCUGCUUUAAAACAUUUAUCGGAACAUCAAUAUUUUACAUGUUCUUUACAAGUAUAAUGCUGACUAAAUAUAGACGGCGUCCAGUAGUUUCUCCAUUGGAAACUUAUUCAGUUAAACUAAAAUGGAGAGCUUUCUUUACCAAUGUGGGUUCUUUUGCCUUUGCAGCUUAUUUUUUUCUGAGGCAUAAUCGACUUUGCGAACCAUAUGUAUAUUCAAUGUUUGCAUUCUCAGAGUACAUAGUGGUUGUCAGUAACAUAUUAUUUCAUAUGACAACAAUAUAUGACCUCAAAGUGCAAUAUUUAUAUUUCACUAGGAAAGGUGUUACAAUAGAAUGACUCAGGAUUAUUAACAAUAUUUUUGUAGUACAGGAAGAAAUGAGGGGUUAUUAUAAUUCAAGAACGAUUAAGUCUUGUCAUUUUAAAUAAUGAUAUACCGGUUAUGGAAUAUGUUUAGAAAUGAGCCAAAGGGUUGUUACAAAAAUAUUGUAUGAGAGUAAUAAAAAUAUAAGAGGUGUGCAGCUCACUAACUUAAAGCCUAAUAGCACAAAUUUUAAUUUAUAAUUUACUUAUUGUUGAAAAAUUAAUGAAAUCUUAUUAUACAACUGAGUGUUACAUAUUCUAUAGAAGACUUGUUGUAUUAGGUGUUAAUUUAAGUAUUUAAAAAUUGUUUUACUAGGAUAGCUAGUAAGACUGAUUAUGACAUUUAUUUUAUUGUUAAAUAAAUAGGGAGCUAAACAAUUAUC